AAAACAGAUAAAGAUGAGUGCGAACUAGGGUGUGAUGACUGCGACCCUGUCGCCAGUUGUACCAACACGAUAGGAGGCUACACUUGCGAGUGUCCGGCUGGCUACUAUGGCAACGGAACGCACUGCANAGAUGUAGAUGAAUGUGCCACAUCUGGCUCUACCAACUGUGACGACCACGCGCACUGCCAGAACCUUGCGGGAGGCUACACCUGCGUGUGUGAAUUCGGGUUUAAGUCUUCUGUAGACGAGGGGACAGGGUUCGUUGGACAGUGUAUAGAGGAUCGGUUUUACCCGUUUGGCGUGAGUCAGAAGGACUUCAGACUUACGGCUUCAACAGCGCGAUCUGCGGAGCGACGCCGGCCAUCUCUGACCAGGAGCGGCCACCAUCUAGUUAUGGAGGAGGCCUCCUCCUCUCUGAUUGGUGUGGAGAACGGGAUCCCGCUUUUUGGAGGCAUCAUCUGUAACUCCGUCUAUGUUUCCGAAAAUGGACUUCUUGUCAUCACAACGACCAAGGCAGAGGAGCAAGACUACAUCAAUGAGUUCCUGACGUUCAGGCACCCUGAGUCCAUGGACACCGUUCUCGAGUCCAACAGAACGAACGUGUGUGGCGUCCUCGCUGCUUUCUGGUCUAACAACAGAUUCAGCGGUCUACAGACCAACCAAGCUCCUAAGGUUUGGUACCAAGCCUACACCAACACCAGCGGCUACAUUCUCCAGAGAAGCAACCGGGACGUGGCCCGGUAUUUUCCCAGAACAUCGGACUACCAGGCCACGUUCACCCUGGUCGCUACUUGGGAAGACAUGGUACCAGACUGGGAGACCGAUGACGGCGAGACUAACACCUUCCAGGCGGUUCUGACGACCGACAACGUGAACACCUACGUCAUGUACUUCUAUAAGGAUGACGGCAUGUCCUGGGUACCCAACUACUUGCCUGACGUCAUCCAGUUUGAUGGCUACCCCGCUAGAGUUGGGUAUGCCGUUAGAAACAGUUACACCUCCGAGGAAGACCACAACUCAGCUCACUGGGCGUGGGUGUCUUCGGAGGAAAACGUGUACCGGAUCGACCAAAAGGUUUCCGUGACCACCAACCUGACCGGGCGGAUCGCGUACAGACUGGAGAACAACGGUCCUGGUUGGGUUAACCCAGUCAGAGCAUGCCACGACUGGUACAACGAAGAGCCAGACCCUAAUUCCUGGGCGAGCGCAGUGAUGGACACCUGUCCCGGUUACCUGUCCCAAGCGCGGGAGGAGACCGGUCUGUGGGAGGUGACUAGCUCGGGAAAAGGACAAGUCUGCUUUCAGAGGCGCUUCGCCCUGUCCUCCGGCGGAAACAUGGACUGCUGCUACAAGACCGAAGAUCAGGGUCUGAUCACAAGCCUACACAUGUGGAACAAGGGCACCGGAUUCGUGCACAGAUACGAAAAGUCUACCAACCAGACCAGCCAAUACUACCAGCGGGACUACAUGCCCCGGAUGUGGUGUUGCCAUCGCUCCCGGUCCGAUAAAUGCUGUCAGCUGUACGCGGAGAAGCGCCCAGCUGCUUCAUUCAGAAGCUACACAGCAAGCUACCUGGCAACGGCGUACGGUGAGCCCCACAUCAGAACGCUGGACGGCCGAACGUACACAUUUAACGGUCACGGCGAGUACGUGAUGCUGAGGAGCACCGCCGACGCGCCGCACGCCUUCAUGAUGCAGGGGCGCACAGACAGGCCUGUCAUGGGCGGAGUGAGGAUCAGGGCUACGGUCUUCACUGCCAUUGCGGUACAGCAACCUACCAACAAGGUCCAAGUCUAUCUGGACAGUAACGGCACGAGCGUUGAGGUGACCAUCGACAACGAAAACAUCCCGCUGGCCGCUAUUGCCAACGGCAGUAGAACCAAGUUCAAUGAUGGCCUCAUAUCCGUCGUCUAUGACAACAGUAGAACAUCCAUCUGUGGCGUGCUGAUCAGCUACCCAUCAGGCAUUUCGGUCUCUAUCAAGGCUAUGGCUGGUCUUCUGACCUUUGUCCUUGGCCUUGGGACGGACAUGCGCAGUAAUCUCCAAGGCCUCCUAGGUAACCUCAACGGAGACCCGAAUGACGAUUUCAUCCUGCCAAAUGGAUCAUACGUUCAAUCGGCAAAACCUGGCAACCCAACGGAAAAGGAAUUGUAUUACAACUUCGGCAAAAUGUGGUCGACUCGGAGCGUAUGCCUCUGCGACCACACCGACGUCAACAACGUGACACUUUUCAACAACUACCCGACGGAUCCGAAUCACAACUCGCCGGAAAACUACGGAGAUGACGACUUCGUGCCGAAAUUUUUCGACGACGACGAUCUCUUUCCCAACGAAGAGACGAGGGAGAUGGCAAUACGCACUUGUGGAGCGCACAACAGGGAGUGCAUCUAUGACAUCGCUCUGACGAGUCAGGUUGACAUCGGCCUCACUACUUCGCAAUCGGAAACUGAAUACAGGACGUCGAAUGAAAUCUUACGGAACGACGCGCCGGAAGUGUUCGCACCGACUGAGAUCCGCGCCACCGUCAACAAAACAUUCACCACGUCUGUUCUAGGCACGGAUGCAUGUCCGUAUGUCAACAUUACCGUGUCGGGGGCGGGGACGAUGACUAAAACGGGGAACUACAGCGCCCUGUUCAGCUGGACACCGACAAGCGAGAAGUUCGUCUCGAUUGAGUUCACCGUGAGCGACGACAUGGGAGCAUCCAGCAUCAGUGUCCCGGAUGUCACCGUCUGCGCAUGUCAAAAUGGCGGCAUCUGCGACUUCGAUGGCGUCACUGACAGAGUGGAGGGAUUCGCGCUCGCCAUUUGUAUCUGCCCCACUGGUUUCUCCGGAACAACAUGCCAAACAGACAUAGACGCUUGCGAAGGGAACCCUUGUUUUCAAGGAGUAAAGUGCAUCGACCAGCCUGCACCCCUCUCCCCUGGACAACCCGGCUACACCUGUGGAACCUGCCCAUUCGAUAUGGUAGGGGACGGCGACACAUGUGCAGAUUUGAACGAGUGCCUCCUUGAUGACUCGGACCCCCGUGUCCACCAAUGUGUGAACGCUAACUGUGAGAACACGCCAGGGAGUUAUUCCUGUGUGUGCCACGAUGGCUUCGCCAAGGAAGCGGACGGGCACACUUGCUUUGACAUCGAUGAAUGUCGCGACUUAAACACCAACGACUGCGACCCGAUCCACGGGAUCUGUAACAACACCGCUGGAUCCUACACGUGCUCCUGCAAGGACGGCUUCUACACCACCGACAACGGAAGGACCUGCAAAGAUGUAAACGAGUGUGUGAACCAGAAUGGCGGUUGUGAACGGCUGUGCAUCAACACAAAGGGAAGCUACUACUGUGAAUGUGGCAUCGCUUAUGUGUUGACAGAAGACGGACACACUUGCCAAGAACUGAACGAGUGUGCGGCCGAGCACGUCUGUGAGCAAAUCUGUGUGGACAAAGUGGGCUACUACGACUGUGGCUGCGAAGAUUUGUUCACUUUGAAUCUAGAUGGAAACACGUGUAAACCUAUCGCCAACUGUUCGACCAACAACACAUGCUCGCCACCUCCCAUCGGCCAUUGCGCAGUGAACGUGACUGAGUCAGGUGACAUCGAAGAGGUCUGUGUCUGUGCCUCUGGGUACCAGCUUCUGCCAAACAACACAUGUGGAGAUAUCAACGAGUGCGAGAACGGGCACAUGUGUGACGAGCAUGGAGACUGCAUCAACACCGAGGGCAGUUACGAGUGCUCCUGUCAUCCGGGGUACCAGCUCAACAAGGAUCACGGGAAACGACAUUGUCGAAAUAUCGAUGAAUGUGCCAUUGACAACGGCAACUGUACGCACCUUUGUGUGGACACCCCCGGAUCCUUCCACUGCGCAUGUCAACAGGGCAUGGUCCUGGACAAGGACAUGUGCACUUGCCUAGAUAUAGACGAAUGCACCGAAAACCUUGCAAAGUGCUCCGUGAACGCCUACUGUAACAACACCAGCCCAGGGUACGACUGCAUAUGUGAUGUAGGCUACUCUGGAGACGGCAUCAAGUGUGGAGAUAUUGACGAGUGUCUCUACCAGGAUCUUUACAAUGUGCUGUGCAAGGUCGGCUGCCGGAACACCCUUGGCUCAUACGUCUGCACAUGCGCCAUCGGUUGGCAACUGGCCAAUGACAGCAUUUCCUGCAUAGAUAUGAACGAGUGCCUGCUGGGUGUGGACGGAUGCGAUCACAACUGCCACAACACGCCCGGCUCCUACACCUGUUCAUGUCGGCAGGGCUUCCUGCUAGGGCCGGACGGACAAUCCUGCCGCCCGUCUCUUUCAUCAAGGCUAACAACAGCAUCAACCAUCAGUGCUACAUACAGACAGGCGUCAGAUAGACCUACAACACUUACCAAGACGUCACCAACCGUCAUGACAAGUCAACAAGCAGUAGUGACAUUAACACCAAGCACUACUGGUACAUCAUCCAAGACAACCUCUCCACCACCUUCCACAACCCUAAAGACAACCUGCCCGGAAGACUGUGGUACUGGAGGCCGGUGUCGGCUUGUGAAUGGUACUUCUACAUGUGUCUGUGACGAGGGCUUCCAGCUUAUCAACGGAACAUGUGUCGCGGCGAACAUUCCUGUCCAGACGACGGUGCUCCUGCCUGCGGUUGCCCUGUCCGUCGGGAUCCCUUUGCUGUGCCUGCUUUGUGCCUGCCUCGCAGCCUACAGACGAAAGACGAAGAAAGUGAAAUUCUACAGAGUCGACGGAGCUAGCAGCCACAGUGGAGGACGUUGGAUCUGGCUUCCUAGACGGGACGGCUCCUCCAGUGGAUACUUCACUUGGUCUCAGAAUACACCAACCGGCGGCUCCAGUAACGACAUCUACGGCAGUAACAGCUUUCCGUGGACGUACAGCACACCGCAACAAAGCUCUAACAACAGCGAUAUGAACAGCAACAGCUUUCCGUGGACGUACAGCUCCCCGAAUCAGAGCUCUAACAGCAGCGACGUGAACAGUAACGAUUUCCCCUGGACGUACAGCAAACUGAAGCAGAGCUUCAGCUUGUUUCCUUGGACGUACAGCAAACCAAACACAGGCUCUAGUAACAGCGACAAGAGCAGCAACGACUUUCCCUGGACGUACAGCAGACCAAAUAGUGGCUCUGAUGACAGCGACAGGAACAGCAAUUUUCCCUGGACAUACAGCAAACCAAACAGCAGCUCUGACAGCUGUGAAAAGAGCAGCAACGACUUUCCCUGGACGUACAGCAAAUCAAGGAGCAGUGCCGAUAACAGCGACAGCAACAUUCUCUCGACGAACGGCAGACAAAGCUCUAACUCAACCAUUAGCGACCCGCAAGACCUAAAUGCCCUACCGGGUUUGAACAGGUACUUGCCGUACCCGAACUCGUACCGGAGCCUGCGCAGCAGCAGCAGUGGCAGCCUCAUCAGGCGGUCCCUGUCCAGUCGGCGGACUGAUACCCUGAGUGACAUGUCCAGCAUGACCAGCCUGGGCAGCUCCUACCGAUCCCACGACUCCCCCGGGUCUCCUGCGUGUGAACUCUUGCCACCUCCGAAGGAGGAAGACCCGGAAGCAAUAAAAGAACACGACAACAUCUUUGGAUCGGACACAAAGUUCCGUAUCCAGCGACCGAAAUUCGUCAACCCCAACGCUUUUAAGGACUGAACAAAAGGAUUUUGCUUUAAUGUUUUAAACAUGAGUAAAAUUUCGAGCUGAAUCGAGCGAUGAAUUGAACGAAAUAUUACAACUAAAAACUUCUCUAAGGUUAAUUCGUUAGCCUGAUUCAAGUGACCAAAAAAUAUAAGAAACCUACGAACACUCUGGUUUUUUUUUUCAAAAACGUUACGUAACGGUAGCAUAUUAAAUGAGAAUGAAAAAUUAUGUAAAAAGGAACUUGCGUAACGAAUACCAUUAAAAUGGAUUGUAUUUCCCAUCGUUACGUUGUAAAUCGAAUGUUGUGUAAAGUUUUAGUAAAUAGAUAAAUUAAUUGUAUUUACAAUUCAAUGUGGAACGUAAAGCAAUUAAAUGUAGAGGAUACUAGACGCAAGGAAAUGUUUAUUGUAAAGACAAAUUGACAUUUAACAAAUGUAUGGACCUCAAAGGUCAUUUUUGUCCAUUCUAUGUUAUAAAGAGCUAUAAUUAAAGAUCAUUAUCACCAUUAUUUGACGUUGUAAGAGUCAGUUGAUUGCGUGAUUUUUUUUCUCACUAUCGGCAGAAACUGAAGACAAUAAAAUACUUGGGUGACGAACACCAAUAUAGUAUAGGACCAUCAUAUGACCACAUAUGCGUGCAUACUACAUAUAGACAAUUUCUGUACAUUCACAAUAGGCCCAGCCUAUGUUCAUGGUUAACACUAUCUAAGUUUAAAUCGAAGACAUCAUGAAUAAGAUUAGAAAAAGAUUGCAUUGUUUGCUUGGUGAAUUUGUUGUAUAAGAAAGUUAAUAACAUAAGACUAUCAGCACGUUUGAGGAAAUAUUUACAAUAAUGGAAUAACUAACCAAUAUAUCCUAAAACACCUGUCACACAUUCAGAACCUUUCCCCCGAACAGUCUGACCAGAUUUAGGUCACGCCCACCUAUCUACAUGAAUGGACUAAAAUCCCCUGAACACUGUCGACCUACACCAUCCAACCAGACCAAAUGUUUUAAACAUUUUGAA